ACCACUGCAAACCUUAGUAUAAAACGUUAAAAUACAAGAUUUCUGGCAUACUUUCGCCCAAAUGGAUAUCAGAUGUACUAAGCUUUGUCAGUUAAAGUAACGGUUUUAUUUUUAAACAUUCAAAUUGUUAAAUGAUUUACGUUUUUUUAAGACGGUAGCAUAAUGAUUCGCAGAUCGCUCAUAAGUUUAGUAUCGGCUGCGGAUUCCGCUAUGUGCUCCCUGACGAAGUUUCUGUGUUUCUUGAUGGUGGUAUGUUCAGUGCAUAGCUUGCAACUCGACAAUAUUGCUUCGACGAGACGGCCACGGAUAACUAAGUACAGCAAGACGACGCUGUCGCCGGGGUCCACGGAGCCAGCUACCGAACGCAGCUUGUUGACGGCCACAUAUCGUCUGCAAGGAAGUGGGGGGGAGACAUGUAUCCUGCUGGUAGUGGACGCAUUGCUGGAUAUAUCUUAUAUGACCAAACUUAAUGAACGGGCUGACGCGAACACAUUCGUGCCGAACAACGCGAAUGUCGCCGGAUCGUGUAAAGAAGCGGACAUCGAGACCUUGGUGCUAUCUUUCAAGGAGUUUGCAUUGGAGUGGACUUUUGCUAAGACCCCAGGUGGCGAACGUUGGUACGUCGACAGCAUCCGACUAACAUACAACUCGAGUGCCCGAAUACUGGAACACGCAGCGAAGCAGGGUCGGCGAGUUAGUCUCACAACAGGGCCCAGGGCACUAUUGUUUCCCACUCCGGUUGGCAAGUCGUUCGAUUGUCCUGAUGAAUCUAUCGUGGAAUUGCUGGAAGAGGAUGCUAGUAACCCCACAACAGCGCACCGUGCAAAACUAUACCUCCGUCAAAUGCGUCUCCAACCGUUUAUGUUCAAACGCGACGGUCUAUUCGGCCCGCCAUGGAAGUGCUCUGACGCUAACAGAACUCGUUCGGAAACCGCGCCAGUCGCUGUCGGUUCAGCUCUGGCUAUAGCAACCGCGGGAACGCUAGUAGGCUACGCGAUUUGGCGGUAUUUGAAAGUCAAAAAGGUCCAAUAUGACACGAUGGAAUGAAGGGGUUGAAUGCGUUCUGAGUUUUUUUUUUCGAAUUUCGUUCUUUAUGGCCUGUUUUUUUUUGAAGUCGAAUUUCGAUUU